UCCGUUUCUCUCUCUGACUAUCUCUUUCUUUUCUAUCUCUGACUCUGUCGCUCUGGAGGGCUUCAAUGGCUGAAGCCUUCCAGCUUCUGACCUUGCUGUUGUGUUUUGUUAGGAGCCUGUGUUAGUAACUCAUCCCUUUGUGUUGUAAGUUGGGUCUUUCAUAUGGCAGAUGUGAGGUAAAUGGGGGGCGGGUUGUAUGCGUGUUUGACUCUCUGUUUGACCCACUGAAGAGCGCCCGGUCCGUGAGCCUAGCUGUGGGCAUCCUUGACCGAGCCAUCACUGCCCUCGCGUGCUCCUCAAUGACAUCUUCUGACCUCUACUGCUUGGAUGAAAGUGAAGAUGAAAUAAAGGACCACGUAUGUCGUUGAUCGUUAUUCAGGGGAUGAACACACAAGACUGAAGGACAGUAGACGUGAGAUCUCAUACAUGAGAAGAGGCUCAGCUUCGUCUCAAAGUGAGACUGACUGGUGUGGAACAAAUAAAACAUAGGCUGAGCUGCACUGCAAAGCAGCCUACGCAUGAGUGGAAAGACGUUUUGCCUGCCUGGCUAUGUGGAGCUUCAGACACACGCGGCGUGUGAAUUGUUACCCCGGUCUGAUCCGUCACCUUGGUUAGACGGAUCCUGCACACCGAGGGGUUCACUGAACUUCCAGAAGCAGAACCGUGACUCGACCAUGACGAGAAUGUCUCAGAACCACACCAACUCCACGUGCAUCGUGGAAGAACUCCAGGCGAUCGCCUACACCCCGCUCUUCAUCCUGGGCCUGCUGCUGAACGCCACGGCUCUGUGGCUCUUCGUCAGACGACGUCACACGUGGACCGACACACACGUCUAUAUGCUCAACCUCAUCGUCGCCGACCUUACCCUCAUUAUCUUCCUCCCCUUCAGGAUCGUCGACGCUUUCCACUGUUUGAGCAAAACCUGGCUGUGCACGGUCCUCAUCUCGGUCCACUACGUCAACAUGUACGCCAGCAUCCUGACUACCACGGCCCUCAGCGUGCACCGCUUUGUGAUGGUCAGGUUCCCUCACAGAUACAGAAGGGGCAACAAACAUACGGCCGCUGUUGUUUGUUUGUUUAUUUGGGUGUUUGUUAUAGCAGUGUGUGUCGGGUUCCAAUCGGAUAACUACCCUAAAAAUCUGUGGACGUGUUUUGAAAGGUGUAAAAACAAACCGAUCCGAAAGUCUUUCCUCGCAGUGCUGGUAACUUCAGGCUUUCUUGUUCCACUAUUGAUCGUUGUCUUUUGUUCGAGCCAGAUCUUAUUGAUCCUGAUGAGGGCCAACGAUAACUCUAGGGAGAAGAAAAGUAUUGUUGGCAUAGUAACAGCCAACAUGAUUGUAUUUAUAUUCUGUUAUACACCCAUACAUGCAAGCUUUCUUGUGAACUACUUAGGGGAUCAACAUGAGAGCUGUCGGCCUACGUCCAUGAUUGUAUACUACAUUGUGCUCAUAUCUGAAUGGAUCGCUACCACAAACUGCUGUUUGGAUUCAGUAAGUUACUACUUUCUGUUUAAAUCUUUGUCGUUGAGAGGAAAUUAAAUUGCAUUGCAUUCUUGAAACUAGAAUGCAAGAUAUUUUUUUUUGCUGUAUUCAUUCCAAGUGUAGCUAGCUUUAUGUAGAUGUUCAGAACAUGUUCAUUAUUUUUAUUACGCCUUUUUGUAACUGUUGUAUAUGUUAUGCAUAUAAAGAGCAUCUCAA